AAGGUUUCGCCUCUGUCAUUACCAAUAAACAUCCUCUUCUGCUCGUCUUUCCCCGCUUCAUUUCCUUCCUUUGAUCUAUCCUCUCAGCAUCGAGUAUCUUGGUCAACCAUCAACAUCCAUCUACCAAGAAUCUGACCACCGCCCGUCAUGUUAUCAUCCUUCAUCGGGACCGGUCGCUCUGUACUCCAGAAGAUGUCUCGCUCCCGACAAGCUAUCGAUGACAACCGCCCCACAUCCCACGGUGGAAUCAUCGCCCACAAGACCGUUCAGCAGCCCAAGUGCCCCCAGAUUGUCGUUGACGGUGUUGCAUCGACCACAUCUAAUCACUACCCCAUACUGAACAACGAUGUGCGUUUUGGUCCUGAUGUUGCGCUACACGUACAUCAAGAAGAUUUUGAUGUCCCGACCAUUGCCAAUCUCACCCCGGGCACACUCAGGCAGCCACCUACGACAAACAUAACUCGAUUCAAGUACUACAUCGAAUCUUUCCAUUACCCCGUCCACGUCUCCCGGGAACCCACAAUGUUUCGAGUUGAUGUGCCGAGGAACAUGGAGUGGCACAUUCAACUCCGUCACUUCUUUGUUGACCUAGACCAGCAGCUUCAAGAGCUCGAGCACUUUCUCUCCUCGUCAUCCUCUUCUGCUAACAAGGACAACAUUGACGAUAACGCGAACCUUACUGACACCGCCGCCCUAGCAAACUGGACCUCUUACGAAAUCCCCAACUUUGAAUUGGGACCAGCCAUAUGCUUCCAAGUCGGAAAAAGUGACCUAGAACGGUUCACCAACCUCCGAUGCGCCCAGCGGAAGAUGUUCUCGCAGCGGAGCGUCAAGGGGCAUGGAAAGCAGCUGACGGGUCGCUGGCUUGUAGUCGCCUACAUUUUUGCCUCUACGCCCGAAGCCAUGUUCAACAUGGACGUCAAAACCCUGUUAUCAACGGGCUGCUCCGGUACCGUGACCGCUGCCCAUGGUACAGGCUCAUGCUCAGGUGCAGGUGCAAGUACCCACUACAACACUGACACUAUGCUGGCUCUCCGUGCCCAGUCCUGGGACCCGCACAACUGCAUUCGUAGUGGUGACGGUCCGGCGACCGGCACAUUCUACCAACUUGAGCGGAGAAAGAAGUUGGCGUCCGAGUUUUACAUCUAUCGGUAUGGCGGUGGCGGCGGCAUAACAACCACAACCAGGACGGAAACCGGCAACGCAGAAGACGAAACGGAGAUGGUCCCUACCGUCUACUACGACCCCUACCACAGACGAUGCAGACCAGGCGAAACUAAAAUCGAUGCUGUCCCUAUCGGAGUACCUAUCCCCCAGGAACUCGAGGACCGCUGCCAUCGCAUUGAUCGGCUGUGGCCGGCUUUGAUGACGGGUCAGUACACACCUCCAAAGGCGAUGACGGAUCCUGACGAUCUUGAGUGGAAUUGGACCGACGAUUGGCCCAAUACUUCUACCGAGUGAAAUGGACACAUGUAUGGAUUCAACAGCGGCCGGAAGUGUAUGCCAAAUACAUGCAGGCGAGACAUCCCCGACCUUCAAAGGCUCAUCAGCGCGCGGCUUCGUUUGAGAUCAAGGCUUUGGCAGUAGUGAUUAGAGGAGAAUCAGCAACAAUACCUCUACUGUAACAACUUUAGCGUAACUUCACAAUACAUCCAUAGCUCAAUUUGUCUACCUCUAGGCAAUUCUACAUCCGA